AUGAACUUUGGCGCGUCGGGCGCCUUCGAAUCUGGCAUACACCCGCCUCCUUCUUUCUGGUCCACCUCGGCAGUGAAUCAGGCUGUGCCCGCGGCGGACGCCGAUGACUUCCACGCGCCGUUCGGUGGACACCGUCCUCAAGGUCACAGGGAAUACGACAGUAGGUGCGAUGUAGCAGCAACCGCAGACACGGUUUGCAGCAUGCUUCGGACUCUGGAGAACGCCAGCGACCGUCGCAAGAAGCCGCCUGGGGUGGUGGAAGCAGGCGCUGGCAAAGGUUCUGGUGGUGGUCGCGUUGUCGGUGGAAAAGUUCGGGGUAGUGUAAAGCGCCUCCGCCCUCGGCGGAACUUGGCGGGCGGUUCGCGUCGAGAACAGCAGGCGCGUAGCUCUUCGAGCCUGGCGGGGACCAGCGAUUCUUUCGCGGGCGGUGGAGGUGGCGGCGACAACCCGACAGUUAGGUGA